AAUGGCGGCUCUAGUCAUCGUCAGUGAUAUCUUUGGAUGUGUCUGAAUUUAAAAAAUAGUUCUCUCAUAGGUGAUAAGUCAUACAAAGUGUUGUAAGAUUUAGAAAUGUUAUAUAUUCAUUCUACGAAACUCCAUAAAACAUUUAAUAUUUAAAAAAACGGCCAGGCCUAGAUUCGAUAUGUCGAGUGACGAAGAUAAACCGCCUGCACCACCGGUGCGUCUGACAAGUAAUCGUGCCACUGAUAGAGUAGACUCUGUAGCUUCAGUCGACAUGAGACCUCUUCCGAAAGAGCCUGAUGAUGGUAGUGAUAGGAAAAAGAAAACACUAAAAGCAAAAAUAAAAGGAUCAAAGAGUACAGCACACAAUGAUAAUAAACCAAAUAUUAGUUAUCCAACAAACUUUGAACACACAGUUCAUGUUGGUUUUGAUGCUGUUACAGGGGAAUUCACUCUGCCUAUAACAGGUAUGCCAGAGGCAUGGGCGCGGCUUCUGAUGGCUGCAAACAUUAGUAAACAAGAACAGAAGAACAAUCCACAGGCCGUAUUAGAUGUACUGAAAUGGUAUGAUGCAUCUGCAACUCAACCUCCUCCUUCGAAGUAUAUGACUUCAGCUCAGAUGCACACUACGCAUUCAGAAGAUACGGGAAUGCGACCCCGGCCUUCUCGAGCUACUGCUACUACUUCCUCAACAUCAGUCUGUAGUAGUAGUUCCUCAGUAUCAAGAGUGUCAUCGAGUAGUCCAUCUUCAUCUACACCUACCGACACAGAGCAUCCAGAACCUCCCCCACCACCACCGUCACGACCAGACCGCACUAAAAGUAUUUACACAAAGCCAAUAGAGGAAGAAGAAGUUCCACCACCGCGACCAGCUCCGGCGCCAGCGGCUGUGACUACUCCCUCGUCACCGCCGCCACAUAUAUCGCACUCUGCCGUGACCACGCACUCUGUAUGUCGUGCGGAAGGCGGCGUAGUGUCAUUAGAUCGAAAUAAAAAUCUACCGGCCGGCGUACCCGUGGCGCCACCACCCGCGCAGACCAACACCGAGACUGGACGAGCGACAGGACAGCAGCAAAGGAAAAAGAAAAUGACAGAUGAAGAAAUCUUAGAAAAAUUAAGAACAAUUGUUAGCGUCGGCGAUCCUAACAGAAAAUACACCAAAAUGGAAAAAAUUGGUCAAGGAGCAUCAGGCACAGUUUAUACAGCGAUAGAAACAUCUACGGGAAUGGAAGUGGCCAUAAAACAGAUGAAUCUGAGCCAACAACCAAAGAAGGAACUCAUCAUAAACGAGAUCCUUGUGAUGCGGGAGAAUAAACACAAUAAUGUUGUCAAUUAUCUCGACAGCUACCUUGUCAAUGAGGAGUUAUGGGUUGUAAUGGAGUAUUUAGCAGGUGGUUCACUGACCGACGUGGUGACCGAGACGUGCAUGGACGAAGGUCAGAUAGCCGCCGUCUGUCGAGAAGUACUACAGGCGUUACACUUUCUUCACACCAACCACGUCAUACACAGAGAUAUUAAGUCUGAUAACAUAUUGUUGGGUCUCGAUGGACAAGUCAAGCUCACUGAUUUUGGUUUCUGUGCUCAAAUAUCGCCCGAACAAAAUAAACGAACGACAAUGGUUGGUACGCCGUACUGGAUGGCGCCUGAAGUCGUGACGAGAAAGCAAUAUGGACCUAAGGUAGAUGUAUGGUCAUUGGGCAUAAUGGCAAUCGAAAUGAUUGAAGGUGAACCACCUUACUUGAAUGAGAAUCCACUACGAGCAUUGUAUCUUAUAGCCACAAAUGGUAAACCCGAUAUUAAAGACAAAGAUAAACUUAGUACAGUAUUUCAAGACUUUUUGGAUCAGUGCCUGGAGGUAGACGUCGAAAGGCGAGCUACUGCCUUAGAUUUACUGAAGCAUCCAUUUUUGAAAAUGGCUCGCCCGCUAGCUUCUUUAACACCUCUGAUAAUGGCAGCAAAAGAAGCAGCUAAGGGACAUUAACACAGGCUGGCGGCACCUGCCCGCCUACCUCGCUCCUAGCGGACCCCAGGCCACCCGGAGCCACCGCGGUGCCCCCCCGCUACAGUGGCUCCCCCAGCGACGGACGCUUCAUUCUAGACUAUGCUAUAUAGUGAUCAUAUUUUUACAAGAAAUUAAAUAAAAAGAGUCCACUAACAAUAAAUUGUGUAGUGUUUCCUAGUUUUAGGCUGGUCUAGCAGUCAACGUCCCCUUUUUUUUAACAUGUUUCGCUGCCUGUCUUGCUGUUGAAGUGUGAUGUAGAUUAUAGACUAAUAGAAAUUUUAAAAUGACAUGUAUUCUACUGCAAACAAAGACUGGCAGUCGUAAGUAAUUUGUAAAAUAAUUAUAAAGCGUAGAGUACGGUAGUUUUAUUAAUGAUAAUGAAGAUUCAGCUUCACUGUGAUGAUAGUGGAUAAAGUAAGACAGACAUUAUGAAACAUGUUGAUUUUGUAAGGUUGAAUCGGCACUUCUACGUACGGAUCUCAAGCUUGUAUGUAGUAAAUACUAAGUGAUUUUUAUUUUUUUACAUGUGAGGACCAUAAUAUUCAAAUUCAACAAAUGAAAAUUAAUCGAAAAUUAUCUUAAGCAUGUUCUUUAGAAACACGCGCCGAGUAUACGAUGUGUGAUUAUGUCGGACACAUCGUAAAAUUCGCCAAUAUCUACUUACACGGUAAUUUUUAAAACAGUUUAACAUAAAUGGGAUAAGUUUUAAGGAGCGAAACUCCUUUCUAGUGACAAAACCAGUAACAUUUACUGCAUUAAAGUUAUUUCUUUUAUAUCAGUCCUUAUGUGUAUUGUAUCAGUUAUUAAUUCACGAAAGGUUUUAACAGUAAAAUAUGUUAUGAAAUUUAAUAGGUAGGUAUACCAUAGGUAUACAUUUACCAGGUAACGUUUUUAUUCUGAACAAGUAUUACUUACUAUACUUUUAUAACAGAACUAUUAUAUUGAAAUUUAUAUUCAAAUAUGAAAUGUUUUGUACUACUACGAGUUUUGCUUUUAUUUGUGACUAUUAAUUCUAAAUAAGUUAAAAUAUCGUAUAUUUAUUUAUUCAAACGCUUUUAGCUCUAAAUGUUAGAUUUAUAUUAUUUGAGAUUAAUAUUUGUCAUUCUCAAAAUGACAUGUUCAAACUAUACUGAAAAUAUUAAUAAGACAUUAAAAUAUUUUGACAAUAACUUACGAUAAAAUAGAAGAAUGGGUCAACAACAUAAUGAGUUCAACAACAACAAAUACCAAAAUGCAAUUAUUACCAAUUCUUAGUGUUCUUGUAACUUGACUGACAGAUGAUAUUAAAAAUAAAAUUGGGAUCUAAUUAAUAUUUUUUAUUCAACUAAAUGUUCAAUCACUUUAAUAUAGAUUUGAUAAUUUCAGUUUUUAUUAUAAAUUAUCUGAAUGUAAAAAUGGUUCCAAGCGAUGUUAAAACUUCUGUUUGUUUAAAGUUUUUGGGUCUAUUUACUUGUAUAUUAUUUUACUGUUAAUCAUGAAUAUGAAGCAUUUACUUAGUAUUAAGUUUAUAAGGAUUUUUAGUCUAACAAAAAAAAGAAAACUGAAAUCUUUUAAUAAGUAUUUUAUUAUGAGAUAUAAAGAUAUGAAAUCAAGUUUCUUGGCCCACACAGCAUACUGAACAGAACGGGCAAAAGGUACCUCACCAUGUUGUUUCAGUUAUAACAUCAAUAUCAAAACCAAAGAGGAACCUUUAGAUAGGUAGCAAUUUGAAACAGUCUGAAAUGUGAGCAAUGGAUUAUUAUUAUUUUAAAAUUCUGUUUACUGUUCGAAUAUUUAUACCAUUUAUGACAAUGGUGUUGAGGCUAGCUAUUGUUUAUGGUACAUUAUUAUUACAUUCAUUAAAGUAUUUUUACAUUUAGUAUUGUGAAUCGCCUCUCUGCUUUUUGUUAGGUUGUGCCAAUAGACGCUGUUAUACUUUUUUUUUGUCAUAACAGUAUGGGAAAUAGUUUGAUGGUUGUUAUGUGUUAUGGAUUGUGAAUAAAUUUAACGAAUAACUGUUAUGAUAAUUUGGUUGGUUAAGUGAGUUUUGGCGCUCGCGUCUUGUAAAGUGUACAGUCACAACGUAGAUUCGACUAGAUUAUUCAUUGACAAUAUAAUGUGACCAAUUUACGCUAAAUAGAACGAUUGCAGUCCAGGUUGGUGCUUCUAAAUUCUUUAUUAUAAUUUCGUAUAUUUUAUUUACAUAUAAUAUAUUGUAUAUAUUUGAGCCAAAAUGUAAACAACGGCCUAAUUGUUUGUGUAAACCUGUAUGCUGCUGCACCAACCAUAAAUUUGUGCAAUAAUGUAGAAAUGUAAAAAAUAUAUAGCCAAAUCUUCAAGAGAGCUUGAUCAAAGUUAUUCAGUGUGUAUAUCUAUCUACUCUUAAGAAAUGUAUUAACUGAAUUGUGAUGAUAAAAAUGAAUUUGAGUAUGCAUUAGAAAGUUGUAAAGAACUAGUACUUGUAAUUAUUAAGUUAAGAUGAAAUGUAUUAAUAAUGUAAUAGUAAGCAGAAGUGGACAUUUAAUGCGAUUAAUUUAGAUCAUUUUUCAUGAAUACGACAGUUGUAUAACACCAGUGCCAUGUAUGAGCCACUCGUGAUUAUAUCACUAAUAUACUGUAAUAAAACUCACCAUAAUUAA